GUGGCCCCCCACGCCAAUCAAAGUUGCCCAUCCUGCAGUGAAGUAGGUGGUGUGCUGUGAUGAAAGUGACUGCAUGGUUAUGCUCGAAAGAACUCGAAGAAGAUUGUUCGCGCAGUGCAUUAUGGUGUCUGUACCGGCGGUUUGCUUGAUGUUUUCGCCUGGUUCGUCUAAUGUUAGCGUGAUGGUGGAAAGAAGAAUCAAGAACUAAUGUGUUUCUAACAACAGCUAGCCUCUGUGGAGAGGUGCACCGAUGCCAUGGCCUCCAGCCACAGCUCUUCCCCAGUGCCUCAUCCCAGCAGUGGUGGCAGCGAGGGGAUCUUCCGGAAGGACAGGGACCCUUCCUCACGACACUACAGGCCCGUCCACUCCCUGCCUGACGUCUGCCCCAAGGAGCCCACGGCCGAGGUAGCCCGGGGGCUGUGCGAGGGCCCGUCUGUGGUGGCCGACCAGCACAGGUGGACGGUGUACAACUCCAAGGUGAACCUCCCGGCCGCGCUGAACGACCCACGACUGGCCAAGAGGGAGUCUGACUUCUUCACCAAAACCUGGGGCCUGGACUUUGCCGAGACAGAAGUCAUGCCCUCCUUCUACCUCCCCAACAUCACAAAGGAACACUUUGGCCCCUACCUGCAGGAAACGGCUCAGAGGGAGAAAAUCCAUGAGCGAUGCAAGAGUAUCUGUUCCAACAAGGAUGAGCUGGAUGCUGUCUCCAGCAUCACAAACAACCACGACAAAUCAAGAACAGAGUUGGAGCAGGUGCCCAAGAUCUUCAUGAAGCCUGACUUUGCGCUAGACGACCCAACGACCUUUAACGCGGUCCUACCAUGGUCCCACUUCAACAGCGCUGGCGGGAAGAGCAGCAGGGACAUGGCAUCGUCACGGUUACUACAGGAAAAGCUGAGCCACUACCUCGACGUGGUGGAGGUGAGCAUCGCGCGCCAGAUCUCCCUGCGCUCCGAGGCUUUCUUCCACGCCAUGUCCUCCCAGCACGAGCUCCAGGACCGCCUCACCGAAACCGCCCGCGCCGUGGCAGUCCUCCGUGGCCGCACGGCCGCCAUCGAACGCAUCAUGUGCGAAGGCCCGCUGCGGGCACUGCGGCAGGCGCUGACGCGCUCCAACUGCGCGCGGCUGCACAACAAGCUGAAGCUGAUGGCGGCGGUGCAUCAGAGCCAGCCCACUGUGCAGCUGCUGCUCUCCACCUCGGAGUUCGUUGGGGCCCUGGAGCUCAUCGCCACCACAAAGGAGGUGCUGCAGCUGGAGCUGCAGGGGAUACACAGCUUCAGACACCUGGGCUCGCAGCUGUGUGAGAUGGAGAAGCUGAUAGACAAGAUGAUGGUGGAGGACUUUAGCAUGUACUCCAGGAGUGACCUCAGCAGGAGUCUGGAGGAAAACGGACAGGUCAUGGAGAAGGACAGGCUGGAGUCUCUAGUGUUUGGCUUGCUGAGGCAGCGGAAGCUGGAUUUUCUGGACAUCUACAGUGACGAGAUGAUCCUAGCAGCCAAAAGCAUCGUCACACAGUCUGUUGUCGACUCGGUGUCGCAGGUUGAAGAAAUUGACACUGACAUCGUCACGAAGCUGGCAGACCAGAUGCGUCUGAUGACCUUCCCCCAGUGGUUUGAGCUGCUGAAGUCCGUCUUUGAGAACUUCGUUCUCUUCCUGAAGAGGAUAAAGGCGACGCUGAGUGUGGUGAGGAAUGUCGUGCUGGAGGCGCUGGACAGCAACCAGAAGAGCCGUCUGCUGGAGCGGGCUGCAGCGGGGGGCCUGACUGAGGCCCCAGGAACCCCUCUCAACCAGGAGGAAGCAGAACUGGCCUACCUCACCCACGAGGGCCUGUUCAUCAGCGACGCUCUCAAUGAUGCCCGGCUGCACCUGGGGGCAAGCACAGGCCAGGAGCAGAGCUCCACCAUGGGGCCCAGGCAGGCCCUGUCACGUAUGGAUGGUUGUGGUAGUGACUCCGCCUCGGGGACCACCGAGUCGUCCUCCAGCAGGGAACACGCUUUCCAGCCAGGAGGGGCCGCCAUCUCGUCCAGUGAGGACAUGAUGCCCAGUGACCUGGAGCUGGGCCGCGUGGCCAAUAACAUCCAGGAGCUGCUCUACACCGCCUCAGACGUCAGCCACGACCGCUGUGUCAAAGUCCUCAUGGCCAGAGCCAAGGAUGGCUCCCUGGAGCGUCUGAGCUCGGCAGAGUUUGUGUUUCUGUCCCAGGCGGUGGAAGGCUUUGUGAGGGACACAGAGAAGCUGUGCUGCAGGCGCAGUGUGUCCCUAAGGGGGGCGCUACAGAGCCAGGCCAACCGCUUUGUCCACCGCUUCCACGAGGAGCGUAAGACCAAGCUCAGUCUGCUGCUGGACAAUGAGCGGUGGAAGCAGGCAGAGGUUCCUGCAGAAUUCCAGGACCUGGUUAACUCCAUAGCAGAUGGCAGGAUCACACUACCCGAACGCAAACCCCAAGGCACAGAAGAAAGGAAACCAAGUGAUUAUUUGCACAUUGAUGGCCAGAAAUAUGCUGUUGUUGGCACGGCGUUACUACUGAUCCGUGUCUUCCUGGAGUACUGUCAGUGUGUCAACGACAUCCCGUCCAUCUCCACGGACAUGCUCACCCGCCUCUCAGACCUACUCAAGCACUUCAACUCGCGGAGCUGCCAGCUGGUCCUGGGGGCAGGAGCACUUCAAGUGGUGGGACUUAAGACCAUCACCACUAAAAACCUGGCCCUGGCCUCUCGCUGUCUUCAGCUGGUGGUUCACUACAUUCCCAUCAUCAGGGCCCACUUUGAGACCAAGCUGACACCCAAGCAGUACAGUGUCCUCAGGCACUUUGACCACAUCACUAAGGACUACAACGAUCACAUAGCGGAGAUCUCCGCUAAACUGAUGACGAUCAUGGACAGCUUGUUUGAGAAGGUGCUGUCUAAGUAUGAAGUUAAGGCCCCCAUGCCUUCGGCCUGCUUUCGCAACGUGUGUAAACAAAUGGGCAAAAUGCACGAAGCCCUUUACGAGCUCCUACCUGAGGAACAGGCACAGGUGUUGUUCCUGAGGAUCAAUGCAAGCUUUAAAAUGCACCUUAAAAGGCAGCUGGCCCGUCUCGGGGUGCACCACGACGGUGGACCUCAACAUGGGCUGGUGACGGUGGAUGUGGCAUUUUACACUGAGAACGUUCAAUCACUGAGGGCACUUGAAAAGCUGGACUUGAACAUGGCUGAGAUCUGGGAGCAGAAGAGGUGAUGAUGGGGGGAGUAGUCAUCCUACCUACAGUGUGACGCCAUGUUAACUCACCCUGGAGGGAAGGGAGAAACUAACUCUAAGGUACUUGUUGUAAAGAGGCUUCACCUUCCAGCAGCCAGCCUGCCCAGGGGACUAUGGAUCUCACUGAAGCCACCUGAAGAGGGCACUGUCUGGGUACAGAAAGAGAACUGAAGUCUGGUAGUGGUGGUGCUUCAAGGGAGAAACUGCCCCAGGAAGCAACGCUGUGGGACAAAACCCUGAAGCGGCCAUGAUGUAGGACAGGCUAACGUAACAUGGCACCCUAUUCACUAUACCACCGCAUUAUAUAGGGUGCCAUUUUGGACACCGACAUGGGCUUUCUUGUAAAGAGCAGCUCCGCUGAGAUACGAGAGACUUUUAGGACACAACUAACUGCUGCCUGUCACAUCACACUGUGUUUAAUUCAAUUAUAGACUUUGAUGAUUGGCCUGAAAUGUCGACAUGGUUCAGAACAUGUCACUUACUGGAGAAGUGAUUUUUUUUUUUUCAGGUUGAAAGCAUAUUGUAUUUCUCACGUCCGUCAACGAAUAACAAGGCCACUCUGACGGAUUCAGACCAGUGUUUAAGCUAAAUGGUCUUGUAAGUUGACCACUGGUCUUUCAUUGACGUCUAACAAUUUGCACUGAAUUCCGCGGUCCUAUAUUUAACCUUUUACUGUGCAAUUUCUCUCCAAUAGUAAUGCCACUGAGCAUUGCUAGUCAGUUAAAUUGCUUGUCAGACAUUAUGCACAAUUGUUCCCCUCUCUGUAAUGACCAAGCUAAGUCAUUCUAUAGAAAGCAUUAUCUUCCAACCAGGCUACAUCAAAUGGGCAGUAAACUCCACUGCAUCAGCGCUCUCACCUGUUGUAUUGCAUGAACCAACAUUAGCCUCUGAUUGGUUUGUCUGUAGUCGAGCUCUAACCAAAAUAGUCUUAUUACCCAGCUCUAUUAACUGCCUGUCUGCACUGUGUGAACGUUACACCUCAUCCAAUGGUAUAUAAAAAGCGGUCUACUUCAAAAGUGCCUACUUUUGAUAACUGACAGACAAUAGUAAACUGUUUGAGUGCCUGUUGGACCCUCAUUGCUGCUCUGGGUAAGGAAGUGUGGCAAACUGAGAAUCUGACCGCAUGCCUGAGCGUUUUGUCUUGAACCCCAGGAAACUGAAUAAAACUUGGGACAAUA